AUGCCACGACCGCGGCCAAUCUCCCCGCUCACUUUUGAGACAUGUGCAUAUCCGCCCUUAGACCCCAGUGAUGACGACCUUCUAGCGUCUGACGAUGAUCUGGAUGAAUCUGCCCAGGCGGCAAAGCGGCAAAAAAUCGAAAGAAUCGCGGAAUCAUGCCGAGGAGGAGCUCCGGUCUUUAUUCUCUCCGCUUCCUUGCGGGGUCCGUUCGAACAUAACUGGAAGAACCCAUGGAAGAAAGAAAGGACUCGUGGAGGAAAAGCCACUAUAGCGGGGAAAAUAAAGGCUGGCGGUGAUCUGGAGAAGGCGCCUGUGAUACAAGAAACUGACCCGCGGGAAGCAAAACAUCGCAAGGAUUGGUCUAUUGCGUCACGCAACGGGAUGGAUGUGUCUUCGCCAGUUGAUCGUUCAAGCGUGUUAGCAUUGGACAAAAAUCCAGAUCGGUCUGCUUCAUCGAAUCCGAAGCCUAGCAAUAAGCCUCAGCUUCCACCGAAAUCUACGGGCAGGAAGAGUGCAGUGUCUCGGAGAGAUGCUUCUGUUUCCGUGGAGGACCAAACAUUCACUGCACCAGGGACGGCGGACUGGUUGAGAAAGGGCGGGAAGAGACUAAAUUUUGGAAAGUUUGAACCUCCAAGUUCACCAACCCCAAAGGCCGAUCUACGAAGAGCGAGGUAUAAAUCUAGUUCGGUAUCAAAUGCAAUUGGAAAGCAAGAUACACGGUCACCAACCAGGACUCGAUCACCGACGACACCUAGAGUAUCAGAAAAGCCACCUGUGGAAUGCGCUCCGCCGAUGUCACUUUCGCCUGCUUUAUCGCCGUCGCGGAUCAAGUGUCCAGGCUCGACAAUUGCCAAGCAAGUUGUGCAGAAAGCCUCACCCACUACGAAGAAUCAUGCUGCGCUGUCAUUUCGUGUUGCGUCUUCUACAUCCCAGCUGCCGCGCUUCCAAUAUCAGCGGUUGAAUGCGGAGGACUCUAGCCCUGGUGAGCUGUCGAAUCUGAUAGUUGAAAACCCUGCCGAUAAGGCCCCAUCAGUGCCCACAGCCGACGACCCGGAUGAUGACAUGGCCUCACUAGACGUGCCUCAUGAGCAGGAGAAUGCCAUAGGAACUGCCAGUAUACAAAAAGGUCGACAGGCCGAGCCACCAAAGGAUAUUCAAGUUGCAAACCAAAGAACCGAGUCAAUCGAGGCGGACACAUUUGCCCAGACUUCUGUAGAACAGAACACCUACGAGCAGCUCCCAUCUGCCCAGCAGGUACCAGUUGCCCCUGGAGUUUCCGAUCGUGUUACAUCGUUGCACUCAACAGCCGUGCCCAAAGAAAACAACAGUGCUUCUGGUGGAAGCUAUGAUACGCAGCUAUCGACACAAGCUGCCCUUCGCCACGCUCAAAAGUCUUUCCAAGACGACCUUGAGAGCUCAGAGCCUGAUUAUGAUAUGCCAUCCGAGAAGGAGGAUGAGAAUGGUGAUGAAUCACUCCUAGCGCAUGAGACGCCAUUUCUCAACCCUGCAACUUCCGAUCGAAUCAUGCCUUCGGACUUUUCUCGCUGGGAUAAAGAGAAGGCGCAGGCGAUGAGUACACAGUGCAUGAUUGACGCCGCCACGCCGUUUACAUUUAGCACGGGGAAAAAGCCCAAUCAAUUUCGCGAUCUGUCGCCAGUCGUCGGAACCAGUCCGGGAAUUACUGGGAUGGGCGCAGCUUUCUCUCCAGCGAGGUCCUCGCCAUUUGCCGUGGAUGAAUACCACACCGCGCCAACAAAUGAUGACCAAUACGCUCCUGGCCAACAACAAUCAGGGCUUGCGCUGGGUCAGCAAUCGACCACACAAAACUCUGCCCUGCCAUUUGCGUUAACCGGAUCAACCCCUAACACCGCACAGGAUGGACAAGGCGGGUUUCAAAGGGCCGAGAGUUUCAACCUCAGCCAGGCAAUUGCAGAUGACGGGAGCUGGUUACAGCAGAGCUUUGAUUUUAUGAACGACAUCAACCAUCCUCACCCGAGUACAAAGACAACUUCAUCUACAGCAGAACACCCUACUGCCAUGGAUUUAGAUAUAUCCUAA